CACGCAACGCGCCGCAGCGCACCUGACGCUUGGAUCGAUACAUUUGGGCUCGAAGAACCUGUAGUGUUCAGUGAGCAGUGAUGCCUGCACGGAUAGAGCAGCUCUCGAGGCCCAGACCAAACCUGCUCCAGUUUCCUGACAGGCGCUCACUAUACUGGCUUGAUGAAAUACCAACCAGGUCAAAGAAAACCACUACUGCCUUUGAAUUGACUCCUCGCUUGGAGCAGCUGGCCCAGAGCAAAGAAUCAAGCCGUUUCAUUGAGGAGAGCAGAAGGUCACCGGAGUGGAUGAUUAGUGCAGCAGCGCUAAAAGCGUGUCCUUCUGAAAGAGUGUGUUCACUGGCACUGCCUCGAAUGCCAGAUGGAUGGCAGCCUGAACGCCCUCUGCUUGCCGCUUUAAGUGUUGCGGUUAAAAAUGCCAAGCCGAGUCCAAGAAUCUGUCAGCUGGCACAACCAAAGCGGGUGAAGACACUAUUGACGUACUGCAGCGUUGAUUCAAGCACCCAAACGAUCAGCGCUCCCAUCACACCCUCCUCUUCACGCAUACUACAGCUGGCCUCUCCUAAGCAGGUCCAUGCACAGCACUCUCUCGCGAGGCCUGUUUCUUGGCCGGUUCCAGAUCAUGUUCUGAAGGCCGUAGCCGGUGAGAGGCUGCAGAAACUGGCUCGACCUAAGACCCGUCAGGCCCUGUUUGAGGGGUAUGACCCCUACCGGGUCAGUCCUGCGGCUCGGGCCGCCACCGCAUCCCCCAGACUGCUGGAGCUGUCUUUACCCUUACCACGCAAAUGUAAAGGACAGUAAGCAAUCAUCCCACCAUCCUUAGUCAAGCUCUUUCAGUAAAUGAUUUUUUUUUUAUGUUUUUUUUUAAAAGGCUUAAAUGCUCUGCAUUUUG